AUGGCGGUCGGAGGUAUUGCCAGCAGCUCUGGAGGAGGGAAAGAUUAUGCUGGCCGUGUCACUCCAUUUGUCAUCAUCACUUGCAUUGUGGCAGCCACGGGAGGAGUGACGUCAAUGGACGAGUUCCUGCAGAAAUUCUUCCCCGAAGUGUACGAGAAGGAAAAGAAAUCCGGCGGGGGCGAGAGCCAGUACUGCAAGUUCGAGAAUCACCUCCUGACCCUCUUUACGUCGUCCCUCUACCUGGCGGCCCUGGUGGCCUCCUUCCUCGCCUCGGCCACCACUCGCAAGUUCGGACGCAAGGUCUCGAUGACCACCGGCGGGGUCGUCUUCCUCUUCGGUGCCAUCCUCAACGGCAUCGCCCUGAACGUCGAGAUGCUCAUCAUUGGCCGCCUUCUCUUAGGCGUUGGGGUCGGCUACGCCAACCAGUCCGUCCCCGUCUACCUCUCCGAGAUGGCCCCCCACAAGCUUCGCGGGGCCCUUAACAUCGGCUUCCAGAUGGCCAUCACCAUCGGCAUCUUCGCCGCCAACCUCGUCAACUACGGCACCGCCAAGAUGGCCUCCAACGGGUGGCGCGUCUCCCUCGCCCUGGCAGGCGCCCCCGCCCUCGUGAUGACCGUCGGGGCAAUCUUCCUCCCCGACACCCCAAACUCCCUGAUCGAGAGGGGCCAGCGCGAGAGCGCGCGCACCAUGCUCGAGAAGAUCCGAGGCACGCCGUGCGUGGACGCCGAGUACAAGGACUUGGUGGAGGCCAGUGAGGCGUCCCAGAAGGUUAAGCAACCGCUCCGCACGAUCCUGGAGACAAAGUACCGUCCCCAACUCGUGAUCACGCUCCUCAUCCCGUUCUUCCAACAGCUCACGGGGAUCAACGUAAUCAUGUUCUACGCGCCUGUCCUCUUCAAGACCCUCGGCUUUGGGGACGACGCGUCACUCAUGUCCGCAGUCGUCACGGGACUCGUCAACGUGCUCGCCACCUUCGUCUCCAUCUUCACGGUUGAUAGGUUCGGGCGCAGGCUUCUGUUUCUCGAGGGCGGCGUGCAGAUGAUCAUCUGCCAGAUAGGUGUGGGGGCGCUUGUUGCCUCCGUCUUCGGGGUGUCAGGCACAGGGAGCUUUACCAAGGGGACUGGGAACCUCGCCCUAGCCCUCAUCUGCAUCUACGUGGCAGCAUUUGCAUGGUCAUGGGGUCCCCUUGGCUGGCUCGUGCCUAGCGAGAUCCACCCGCUCGAGACCAGGUCCGCGGGGCAGUCCAUCAAUGUUUCUGUAAAUAUGUUCUUCACCUUCAUCAUAGGCCAGCUCUUCCUCUCCAUGCUAUGCCACCUUAAAUUCGGACUUUUCUUCUUCUUCGCCGGCUGGGUCGUGCUCAUGACAGCGUUUGUAUUCUUUUUCAUUCCCGAGACCAAGAAUGUGCCUAUCGAGGAGAUGAACACAGUCUGGAAGAGCCACUGGUUCUGGGGCAAGUAUAUCCCGGAUGAUGCAGUGGGUCUGGGACACCGCGUGGAUAAUGCGUGA